GAAGCUUCCCCGCACCACCGAGGUGGAAUCCUCCCGAGCACCUCGUUGAUGAAGACGAACUUCAAAGUCAUCUAUCUUUCAGUAACGAAGGAAAUCAAGUCGCCAGGCCAUAGAGUUCGAGGUAGGUUGAAAUUGUGCAGCAAAGCGGGCUAUCUACCUCAGGUAUCUACCCGGCAAUGCGGAUGAGAGAUCUUGCAAGUAUGCGCACCAAUGACGUGGCAUCGGGAUAAUGGUAGGAGGUCUCGAAUCGCAACCACAGAGAUCGGAGUGUGGCUCAUAUGCUGCCUCUGACAUGACAGUGGCUUCGCUCUAACAUAAAACCCCCCCGGGACUCCGAACUCUUGUGUUUCUCUCGCACACCGUCGCAGGUCGGGGCAACACGAGUCGAAUGAUGAGACACCGAAGAACGGGCGCUCGACAUUACCCGGCGCCCGCUAUUGGGCAAUGGCAAAAUGCCGUCGCGCGAUCGGAGCAUCACCAUUGGCUUUUCUCCCUUGAAUUGCCGCGACCUGCGUCACCAUCGCUUUUACCCCACCACAUCCCCGCGUGAGCGCUAGAAAAUAGAGCCCAGUUCGUCCCAUCUUGGUUGCCUUGGGCCGUCGGCCGGACUCUAGAUAUAUCCCCCGGGAAGCCUGCCUCUGUGUCAUUAAUCUGUCCAAAAGAUUUGUUAUCAACAUUCUUGUCCCAUCCGCUCCCAACACGAUCAACUGAACAACAAUCACAUCCAAAGUUCAUCAUGGCCGCCGGACUCCCAUCAAACCCCUUAAAGAAGAUCCAGCUGGUGCGUCCAGCACAUGUCUGGUACAAGCACAAGGAUAUUGAAGCCGCCAAACGAUUUGCUGCCGACUUUGGCUUCUACGAGACCGAGACGAUCGGAAAGACAACCUUCUUCAGAGGAUAUGGAACAGAGCCUUUUGUGUUAGCCCUCGAGGCUUCUGACAAGCCGGAAUUUGGGGGAGCAGCAUUUGUUGUCGAGUCUGAGGAGGAUCUCGUCUACGCCCACCAAUCGCUUCCAGAAGAGUGCCGAGCGACUGAAGUACAUGAGCUCAAGGAUGUGCCGGGCGGUGGCAAGAGAGUGACCUUCUAUGACCCGGUGGAUGGGUUCCCAUUCCACUUGGUUCACGGGCAGACUGAGGUUGAAAGGAGAGACCCUGGCUUCCCGGUGCUCAAGUUCAACUACCCGAACGAGAAGAACCGCGAGCCAAACAAGUUCCAGCGCUUCGAGAAGCGGCCGGCGCCCGUACACAAGCUUGGACAUUUUGGCAUGUGCGUGACGAACUUUGCCAAGUGCUACGAGUUUUAUUCGACCUAUUUCAACUUUCAUCCCAGCGAGCUCGUCCACAACGAUGAAGGCGUGGAUGUGACUGUCUUCUUUCGCCUAGACCGUGGCAAGGAGUUUGUUGACCACCACUGCUUCUUCUUCUUCGAAGGCCCCAAGAUGCACGUUCACCACUCUUCCUUUGAGACACACGACUUCGAUGCUCAGGUACUGGGUCACGACUGGCUACGUCAUCAAGGAUACACCAACUGCUGGGGUGUGGGGAGACACGUCAUGGGCAGCCAGAUCUUUGACUACUGGUUUGAUCCGUCCAACUUCAUCUUGGAGCACUAUGUGGACGGUGAUUUGCUGGACAUGAACGAGCCAACGCACCAUAACAAGGCCGCUCCCGACAACUUGCAUGUCUGGGGUCCCGAGGUGCCACCCACCUUUUUGCAAUAA